AUGAUGCAAGACAAACUGAAGCCAAAAGGAACCGAGUUGCUCGCCUCCGUCGGGCCACCACCCGUCGCAACAGGCGAGGAUGAGACAGAUGCCGAAUAUGUUGAUGAAACUCCAAUGGACCUCGAUUCCGAAUUGGGAGAAAGACCAGCUAGAGUCCGCAAGCGCUGCGUAGUACUGGGCGUACCUUGGCGUCAUCCCCGGAUCGAGCGCAUUUUCAACGGACUGGAUCAAUUGCGCCAAAACCGGCUUGCGCAAUCGGAAGGCAAUUCGAAUGCCCCCCCAACACGUAACCGAAGACGGGUUCCAAAUCCCAGAGAGGGAUGUAGGCCUCCGCAAUUCCAGCUCCCCCGCGGAGCUUACCACGGAGACUGGAUGAGAUCCCUGUUGACAAUGGAACUCAAUCAGGUCGAAGCGACCGACACACCGCUAGAGGGGUAUAUCGGUCUCAUCCGGAGAAUUUGA